UGCUGCUGCUGCUGCUUUGUCUGUCACCACAGCCGCUGCGUCGGUCUCCACUCUGCCACCACCGAUGAUGCCUUUCCUCUUUUGCUAAUCAGCUGGUCAUAAUGAGCUGGAAUAUUGACUGUUGAUCCAAAUAUGAGGGACCGUCAUGAUGAGAAUCGUACCAGGCGAUCAAAGAGAAAUUCUAGUAAACAACACUUUAACAAAGUAGUGGAUGGCCGCGUAUUUGGGGAUGUCGAUGAUGACUAUGCAUGGCUUCUUAGUUUCUUGACCGACACUAACGAACAGAGAAAAUCCUCUACGCAGGAAGUCAUUGCUGAAGAUGAAAAUGAAUAUGCAAACGAUAAAGAUCCUCAAUAUUGCAUGUUUUURAAGGAACUCACAGAAAAUGGCAAAUCGUAUAAGCUUAAAAUUUCCAGAAAUGAUGAGGCUGUAAAAUUUCUGGAGUAUGAAGAGCAGGACAAGUCAUAUGGGUAUGAUCUCCCAACUUAUACAAAUAUUAGCGUUGGUAACAGUGGAGAUAAAGUGAACUCCUCGGAAGAUAUGSGGGGUAGGCAAAUCAAUCAGAAGGUAAAACGGACUCUGCAUGGAAAAAAAGGGGAGGUUUCAACCACCAAAGAAAUCUCAAGGAAAAAAAAGAUUAAGGAGCAUACGUGUAUAUCAGAUCCUUUCCAUGAUGUCCCUGUGGACUCUUGCUACCGGUUGUUGCUAGAUGGUUGCAUACACUCUGAAUAUGGUGCAUUUGUCUAUGAAGGAAAACGAGUGAAUUAUGAAGAGAAGCCUACAAGUUCUGGUUCAGAUAUUCUGAUUUGGGAUAAUCUUCAGGAUUGCAGUGAAGUAAACAAUAAACAACAAAUAACUGCAAAAAAAGAACCAUCUCUAAAGGAGAAGCUCAUGCGUAUUCUUAGACAGCCAUACAAUCAGGAAGAGUAUGAAAAACUUUCAGAAUAUGUGGAGCAAGAAAAGCCAAUAUGCCGUCUUUUACCUUUGCGUUACAGGGCAAUAUCAUCUGCAUUGGAUGGUGUGACAAAGUCGGUGCUUGAUGACGUCCCUAGUAUUGCUGACCUGGUGGUCGCUGAUUUUGUGGUCUGAUACUAGGAUUGGAGGUAUUAUCAUCACAUUUGGUGUUCUUACUUUGCUGAAGCAACUUCUAUGAUUGUGGCAUGCUUGGAUAGCAGACUCAUUCAUCGGCUCAGUCAGGAAAGUUGCCAAGUUUUUCUAAGAAAUAUAAAAUUGCAAGACUUCUGAUGCUCCUGUUAUUCAGAGGUCAACCAUGAGAUAUUCUCUACUUUAUAGCCAACAACCUUUUAACAUGACAGAGCAGGAAACAACUUGCUGUCUCUUGUUAGAAUGCAUACUAUGCAUCUCUGGCCAUGACCAAUCUUGCUUACAAAAUGACUUGGGUCAGGGAGAGCCCGGAACACCAACUGACWAACUGAGGCGGCUAAAAACAUAUCAUGUAACCAAGUCUUUUGUGGGAGGAGCAAACAUAAAGAAGUCCACUACCUCAUAAUCAUAUAUAACCAUGUUAUGGGUUCAAUAACAAGCCUAUGAUCAGCUCGUAGACAUCUUGACCAAGUCACUGCAGAAACCCAACAUUAAUUUCACAUUCAUACCAUAAAUCUUUAUUAUCAACUAAACUAAUUACUAAGAAGUUCAAUUAUCUUCUAACAUUCUUUCUGGAACUAGGGAUGAAAUUCUUUAGAGRCAUUAUAUUUAUGGAGCCGAGUGACCUUUACUAGUAUGAUAGUUGCUUAUCGCUGGUUAGGGCAUCAUUUGUUCUGAUUAUAAAGAAGCGAAGGGUCGACUUUCUGAGUUCUCAUGUGAGUUGUGUCAGUUGGCAAGACACUCUCACAUGUCUCAUUCCUCUAGAAGAAUCAAUCAUGUAGAUGCUCUGUUCAAGUUUCUUUAUAUUUGCAACUUUUAAUUGCUUAUUUUCGUGCAUAAUCUUAUGGUUUUUCCUUCUAGAAACUCCCUUGUAUGCAUCUAGUU